AGAGAGAGAAAGAGAGUAAUGGCGUUUAAGGAAACCAGGAGAGAGCCCAAAGAGCCAUAGAGGUAACAGCUGUAUAUUUCCAAAAAUAAACAAAAUGUACAACAGAAAAGAAAAUCAAUGGGAAGAUGAUGCCGAUGGAUUCUGAAUUCAUUGUUGUGUUGUAUGCUUUUCUUCUAUAGCGAAUAGUCCUACGGAUCCCCUAUUUUUGUUCUUUCUUCAUCUCUUCUCGCUUCAUUUUGUUCUUGGAUAUCAACUCCAGGGUUCUUGACGAUUGACGCAAAUAGAGUUCGUUUCUAUUGGAAACUGUGGAAGGUAUAAUUUUGAAAAGAGAGGAAUGCCAGGAGGGACGAAGAAAAGCUUGAGAAAAACACUUGGAGCACUUAAGGAUACCACCGAUGCCACUGUAGCUAAAAUAAACAGCCAUUACAAGGAGUUGGAUAUUGCGAUUGUUAAGGCAACAAAUCAUGUUGAACAGCCAGCAAAUGAGAAACAGAUUAAAGCUGUCUUUGCUGCCAUUUUGGCUACCAGACACCGAGAUGAUGUUGCAUACUGCAUACAUGCUCUUGAAAGACGAUUGUCAAAGACACAUAACUGGGCGGUUGCACUGAAAACGUUGAUUCUUAUUCAUCGUGCUUUGAGAGAGGAGGAUCUGACAUUCCAUGAGGAACUUAUUAACUAUGGACAGAGCAGGAGUUACAUGCUUAACAUGACUCAUUUUAAGGAUGACUCAAGUCCUAAUGCAUGGGAUUACUCUGGUUGGGUUCGUAGUUAUGCAUUAUAUUUGGAAGAGAGGCUGGAAUGCUUCCGAAUAUUGAAAUCUGAUGUGGAGACUUAUCAUACGAGAUCCAAAGAGUUGGACACUUUAGAGUUGCUUGAGCAGUUACCAGCACUGCAGCAGCUUCUACAUUGUGUUAUUGGUUGUCAGCCGCAAGGGGCAGCUAUGCAAAAUCAUGUGAUUCAAUUAGCGCUAUCUAUGGUUGCUUUGGAAAGCAUAAAAAUCUACAAUGCUAUAAGUGAUGGCACAGCUACUUUGGUUGACAAGUUCUUUGAGAUGAAACGGCAAGAUGCUCUUAGGGCUCUGGAUAUAUAUCGCAAGGCUGGUCAGCAGGCAGAGAAGCUCUCAGAGUUUUAUGAAAUAUGCAAAAACCUUGAUGUGGGUCGGGGAGAAAAAUUCAUCACUAUUGAACGGCCGCCUACAUUAUUUCUGCAAACUAUGGAGGAGUGUGUGAAAGAAGCACCUCGACUUUCUACACUUCGCAAGGAUUCACAGGCCGUUGAUAACAAAUCCAAAGUGAUUUUGGCUACAGACUACAAAAAGAAACCGGAGGUCACAGAGGUGAGAUCCCCACCCCUACCUCCACCAAAACUUGUGCCUGAACCAAAUGCAAAAGAUAUCAAAACGAAAUCUCUAGUGGCAGAACCACCUAAUCUGUUGUCUCAGAAAGAUCCUGCUCCAGCUGUUACUAAAUUGGACGAGAAAAAUGCUGCUGCUUUAGCGAUUGUUCCACCCGAUUCUGCUGACCAAACACCCAAUGGUCGAAAUCUUGCAAAUGGAACUACAGGCUGGGAAUUGGCACUUGCAGAAGCUCCCAGCUCCAUUGAGAGUGUCGCGGCUGCUAGCAAGCUGGCCAGAGGACUGGACAAACUUACACUCGAUAGCCUGUAUGACGACGCAAUCACAAGGAGAAACCAAAGCUUAAGCUAUUAUAAUCCAUGGGAACCAUCACAAAAAGCCGCCCUCGUGAUGCCACAACCAGAACAUCCAUUCUGCGCCUCGAGCAUGGUCGCCAGCACCCCGCCUUCAGUGCAGACAGCUGCUGUGGCCAACCAACAACACGCUUUCGCGUUUCAGCAGCAACAACAGAUGAUGAUGAUGAUGACGACGACGUCUCCUCAACGGCAACAUGCUACAAACCCUUUCUGUAACCUGUGUGGUUCAGCCAUUAAUUCUUGUGGUCCUGGCAUGCCUGUUCAAACCUGCAAUAAUCAUUACAGGGGGCUGAUUUGAGAUAUUGUAGAGGGAACUAAGCAUUCUUUAGUUUACUGUAAAACUGUAAUUUGAAAAGCAUAGAGCUGUAGUUAGUCAAACAUUAGCAUAAGAUAUUUGAUGGUGUCAUGAAAUUAUUUGUCUAAAUAUUAGGUUAGAAGAAAGAGUUAUUGAUUCUUU